CUGCUUUCAAAGCGUUACGUUUACGAGGAACUCUCCCAACUUGGUGUAGCCGUAAAUUCAGCGAUGAACUACUUUCGUGGUCACUUUGAAGAGAAGGCCAAAUUGGCCUCUAAAAAGCUUGGCGUGCUCAGCAGAGAGGGACAGUAUUUCUUGCCGGCACAGCGCCUGCAAUUUUACAAGGCGCAGGUUCGGCCUCAUAUGGAAUACUGUUCCCAUCUCUGGGCUGGGGCACGAGCGGCUGGAAUCUUCGACGACCGAGUACUUUCUGAUCGCCCCGAAUCACUGGCGCUGCGAAGACAUGUUGCAUCCCUUUGA